AUGCAAGACCCAGAACUCCAUCAUAAAGCACAUUCCACAGAAGAGGCCCAAGGACUGAGCCUUGAGGAACUCCCGCGCAGAUGUCCCUCGUUUCUCUCUUCGUUAGGAGCAGCUUUCUGUCCCGGAAGUAGCUCUCCACCAAGUUUAUCAGGUCAUACAUAUACCUUAACAAGAUGGUGCCACCUUGCGGGCGCUUAUCCGCUUAUGUACCUACAGCUCGCGUGUAUGGUCUGA